GAGGCUGUCGUUGCUGAAAUCGUUAGACAGAUUGAAGCUUGGAACAUUCAAACAAGACAGAACAGCGUGAUUACCGCGUCUCAAGGAGGCUUCAAUUUUGAAACGCGUGCGAGCACGACCGAUACUAGGGCGUCAGUGCUUCGGCGCGUUGAUGGGGAGUUGAAGGAGAUGGUGGUUGGAUGUCUACCGUUUGAGGAGCAGCUUGGCUCUUUCAAAGGGCAGCCAUUCACUCCAAACUUCGUCGCUGAGAAAGUUCAAGGACAUUUACUUUGCGCAAAACACAUCCGUCCAACUCGGAGAUGGCUUAUUGAUCCCGAGAACUAUGACAUUGCUUUUCGUAUCACUUCAGUAGAGAAAAACAACGAAGACAGCAUUCACAAAGGACGAAGAUGCUCUGCUCUUCCAGUACGUGACAAGAAUAGCAACACAAAAGCUGAAUGGAGUGAGGUGGACGGCGGUACAAUUCUGCUAGGGUUCUCAUUGGACGUGGAAGACAUUGAUGAAACAAUUUCGUGGGAGACCCAAGAAGAGAUGAUUAAAUUCUGGGUCUAUGUUGGAGACCUCAUUGAGCACAUCAGCGAGAAACCGUACGCCUCCGCAAGAUUUACAAAAGGAAGUGGGCAAAUAUAUUAUCCGCAAAAAUUGGGAUCUCUAUGUGCGCUUGAAGCCGCUUUUCAUAGACCACAGUGGAUGUUUUAUUAUUCAGAAGCUCAAUCGAUUCCAUCACUGUUUAGAAUGGCCGCCGGCCUUGGAGAGAGCGUUAUUAAGAAUCAUGCAUUUUUGGAUGGAAAUAAGAGAGCUGGCCAUGUACGAAAACGGUGGCGUAGAGUCUAG